AGCUCGUCAGUCCGUCCAAGCCCCUCCCCCAACUAGCAGCGGUAGCUAACAAGUUCGUGGUGCUAGCAGUGGCUAAGCUACAUGCUAGCUGGCGCUUUGAGAAGAUGGCAACGGACUGGCAAACUUCAGCUAUUGAGCAAGCCGAAUUGAUAUCCAGUCGUCUCAGAGAGCUGUUAUCCACCGGGGAGGGAUAUAUCCGAUCGGAGUUUGGGGUGGAAUUGGGACUGACGCCUGAGCUGUACCCGUCAUGGGCGAUUCUCUCCGCGGCGGCCGCGGUAGGGCUGCUGGUCCUGUCGUGGGCCGCGGUCUGUAGCGGACUCUUCGGUGGGAAAAAGCUAGGAGCUCCAGUUACACAAGACAGUGGUGAUUCCCUCAAGGCCCAAGUGAAUAAGAUUGUGAAGCCCGAGGCACAAAAUAAAAAGACUAAAAAGAAAUCUACUGAAAAGAAGGCUCAGUAUAAUGGACGAACAGUUCCAGAGCCUCAGGAGGAAGUGACAGAAGAAAUGACCAAACCUUCCCCAGAGAUUACAACUGAGGUGAAGAAAACCAAGAAGAAAGCCAAACCCGAGGUGAAACCAGCCAAGAGGGUUUCUGCUGGCGAUGGCAAAGAGCCUGAUGAUGGUGCGUGGGAGACUAAGGUGAGUAACCGGGAGAAGCGGCAGCAGAAGAGGAAGGAGAAGGGGCCUGACGGGUCAGGAAGCCCGGAGGGGGUGGCGGUACCUCACCGCCAGGUGGAACAGCCUCCUCUCACCUCCCCGGUCAACAGGAAGAACAGAGAGCCCUUGCACCUGAGGCCUGGGAAAGGAGAUUCUUUCACGACACCAGUGUCCACCAGCUGGAGAGAGGAGCCGUCAGUGAACGGUGGAGGGUGGCCAGAUAUCUCCAUGAAGCUGCCCACCCAUAUAUGCUCUUCAGAUGGGGAGAAGUGGCCGGCCAUCCCGAAAGGACCCCGACACUUGAACUCUGAACCCACCUGGAGACAGGACACUGAAGGGUCGUGGAGUGGGGUUGAUGGGAGGAUGAAGACUGAACUAAACACAUUACCCUCUGUACUUGGACUGAAGACUAUAGAGCACAUCACCCAUCCUGCCUCUGAGCUGCAGUGGGAAUGCCCCUCUCCUUCUGAUGAGUGGUCAGGAUUAAGCGGUAUUGCAGCAGCGGACCCCAGCUCAGACUGGAACGCCCCUACAGAGCUGUGGGGGAACUAUGAGGGACCCCCGGUGGUAGAGGCCCCCGGUCCCCCGCCCCAGGACCCUGCACCCAACCACCCCCAGGGGGCACAGGGGUCAGACGAUGACAAGGAGAAGGAUGACUCUGCCGGGGGGGCUGCCAGGUCCAAGAAGAAGAAGAAGAGGAAGAAGAAAGCCGAGGAAGGUGGUCCUACAGGCCAGGUGACCUCUGAGAGCAUGACAGUCACACCAGUGGAGAGUUCAGCACCAGCAGGGACCAAACAGUCCAUCUCCCAGCCGUCCUCACAAAAAAUAUCCGACCCGAGCUUCGAUGCUCCCAGGCCGUCCCAGAAGAAGAAGAGCCGGAAAGAGACAGGAAGUUAAGAAACAAGAACCCACAUGAAUUAUUAUGCAAAAGGAUUGUUCAAUGUGUUAUAAAUGCAAUCAAUCAUUUGCAAGUACAGACUUUUAUACAGAAUAGUUUGACUGUACUUUUUAAAUAUCCCAAAAAAAGAGAGAGAACAGCUCAUUUAGCUGGGGACUGGGGACUGGUCCUAUCAGCCUAAUCUAACCUAUUUACACUAAAUGCUACACUGAAGUGGAAUAGGGGGUUUAGGAGGGAGGUUGUUAACUUGCGGUGAGGUAGAAGUUUGUGAAUUAUUCAAAAGUAGCCUGUGUACCAGAGUCCUAGCUAGCUAGUACAGUGUCGCCCCCCCCACCUCCUGCCUGUGUACCGGAGUCCUAGCUAGCUAGCUAGUACAGUGUCGCCCCCCCCACCUCCUGCCUGUUUACCGGGGUCCUAGCUAGCUAGCUGGUACAGUGUCACCCCAUCUCCCACCUGUGUACCGGAGUCCAAGCUAGCUAGCUGGUACAGUGUCGCCCCAUCUCCCACCUGUGUACCGGAGUCCUAGCUAGCUAGCUGGUACAGUAAAGCCCCCCCACCCGCCUCCUGCCUGUGUACCGGAGUCCUAGCUAGCUAGCUAGUACAGUGUCGCCCCCCCCACCUCGUGCCUGUGUACCGGAGUCCUAGCUAGCUAGCUACUACAGUGUUGCCCCCCCCCACCUCCCGCCUGUGUACCGGGGUCCUAGCUUAAAUAUGGACCAAUUGAAGUAUAAAGAGGGGUGAAGAUAUGAAGUACUUAGACACCAGUAGAGGCAGUAUGACAGGAAGUACUUCCAGACACCAGUAUGAGACAGGAAGUACUUAGACACCAGUAGUGUUGUGCUCUGCUGUGUAUGAGAGGGUUCUUAUCUUAACCUCUUUUCUUCCAUCCUAUCUGGUGGGAAAAGGCCGUGCCAUAUGUACAGAACACAAGGGCUUUUCCUAAUGUGUCAUUUUUCUGGGAUUGAUUGCACUGUCAGGCUGGAUCCUAUAUGUUAUCUUUGUCUUUUCAUGAUUGUUUUUUAAAAAGACCGUUUAGCAGAAUGUGAAGGUGUAAUUCCUGGUUGUGACUUAAGUUGGAAGUCAAUGUGCUGAUAAGGGAGGGGUGGCUGGGGUGGGGAGGUACUGAAGAUGAGACGGCGUGUGGAGCAGCUUUAAUUCCAUGUCAGUCAUUUUAAAGGUAUCAGGAACUGAAUUGUAUUGCCUUAACCUGUAGUAUAUUAGUAUGUGCAGUUAUUUACAUCUCUUCUGUGAUAGUUUUCAGAUCAAGGGCUGGGGAGUUACCGCAUCCAUCCUAUUGCAAGUUUGGUUCUAAAAAAAAAUGCAUUUAGUCUCUUGACUGACGACCGUACUCAUACAGUAUGAUUUAAAGAAUGGGCGGGUUACUACUUCUGAUUGGUACUUUAUCACUCACUGUAUAUAGCCUUGAAUGAGCGGAAGGACUGGGCUUGAAGAUUGAGGGCUGACAGCCUGCCUACGCUUUAGCUGAAAUCAAAUGGACUGUAUUAUUGGUAGCUUUUAAGUGUGUAAAGAAGAGCGUUGCCGAAUGGAGGCUCUUAGCUCAGUGUUUUACAGCCCAUAGUUCUCUGUAGACUAGAUCAGUCAAGUCUGGUGGCGCUGCACUCACCUGACUCUCUCUGUUGAUCAUUAACCUUUUUAAAAGAUGAUUCAAUCAUGUAUUUAUACCUUCUCCUUUAGAAGAAUGAUUUAAGAAUGAUUUUGUUUAUGAAGAAAUGCAAUGAUUUUUCAAGGUUUGUUGAAAUAAAACAAUAUAACUCCUAAUGCUUUACUGCAACUA